AUGUCGAUCGUUUGCAUACUAUUAUUUUUUGCUGUGACGGUACAUGCGUAUUACUGUCCUGGUUUCCUUGACAACGCGGGAGUAUGGCGGAGUGGUUUCUUUUGUCCUCUAGAGUACAACUCUCCCAAUUAUAUGUAUUGUUGCGGACAAACAUAUACUCGGUACUGCUGUGAUUACGAUGACCAUCAACGUGAACAAGAUACAAGCAAUAAAGCGACACAGGGGAUCUAUGGCAACGGUCUGACGGGGAACAAUAUCGCUGAUAACAUAACUUCCACGCACAUGUUUAAUGGCUUCCAUGGUUCUACAGAGGAAGAAGAAGGGGUUGUUGACGUUGGAGUUAUAAUUGGUAUAAUAUGUGGUGUUUUUGGAUUCAUCGUUGUCAUUACUAUUACAAUUGCGGGUGUCCUUAUCUACACCGGGAUCUGCUGUUCUUCAUCCUCGUCCGACACGUCUGCAAUUAUCCAACAUGAAGCCUCACCAGCAUCUGGUUGUACGGCCAACAUCACGAUGGAACAGCUACAAGGAUCUCCUUACCGACAACUGCAUGUGUCAACUUUAAGUUCACCAAUGUGUGAACAGCAACAAGAGAAACAUAUAUCCCCGUCGCCACAGCAACAACAACAUCAGCAACAUACGUCACCGAUUCCACCAACUGCGCCAUUGCCGUCACCACCGCCAUUGCAACAACAACAACAACAACAACAUGAAAGGCAACAGCAAGAAGAACAACUACAAACCGACUUUUUCCAUGCGCAAUUACCUCCGCCAUAUACAACCAGACCAAUGCGUAUUGUUUAG